UCGAUGGCGUCGAUAGAGAAGGCAGUGAAACUUGCUGAGGAUGGAGGGAAUUCAACGUCUUCAAGGCGUUCCCAAGGCUCACUACAAUGUCCUGCUGUCUGGUCGUCAACCUUUAGGAAUGACUUAGCGAACGGUGGAAACUGGACUGAGCACGAUCUCAAUAAAUUCGGUAUUCGGUACAGUAGCAAAAAAAAACCCGAAGAGAUUUUCGAGAUGAUCAAGCCUUAUAUUCCUUCUAAACUUCGCCAACCCAGCGAAAAUCUGUGGGAUAAAAAACAUAAUGAUGGUAUUCCUAACCUUGCCCCACAUAUCGAACUUCUACAAGAUGGUUACAAAUUGGCUCUCGAUUUUGAUAUAGACUCUUUCGAGCUCUUAAAACUUAUCGAAAUUUGCCAGGACUGUCCUCGUGGUCAUGCCUGUCACGAGACUGAAGCCUUUUCAAUCAGCCAGAGGAUAUUCAAUCAGAUUACUGAAGCAGAACAUGUGCUUCAGAGAAAGAGGACUGCUGCUGUUAAUUCUCUGAAGAUUGCAUGGAUCCCAACAUAUGAACGAGUAAAGAUCUUCCUUAAAACACUCAAGUCCGUCCUCAAAAAAGCUGUCAACUCGCAAAUAAAUGAAGGCACAUUUGUGGACUUGUUCCAAGUUUUUGCUCGGAUGUUUCUGGUGCAAUUUAAAGCAGUGGGAGAAUCACGAAGUUCUAAGAUGGGUAGAAUGGCAGUGCUUUCCAUAAAUGACCUCCGCUGCGAUUAUGAAGAUGAAGUGUUUCACAAACCGACUAUAGUUGUUACUGUCGCGGAGGUGAAGAAAACAGCCCUGAGAUCAAAGAAGAGAAAGAAAUUACCCAAAAAGGAGAAUGAUUUGUGUGAUAAGAAACAAAAAAUCGAAGGAAGAGGAUAUGCAGGAGGAGCUACUGGCAGUGAUGAUUUUGGUGAUUCUCCUGAUGAUAUUAGUGACGACGGUGUUGAUUUCAGCAGUAGACUGCGUGGACAGCUUGGUAUAGAACUUCUUGCAGACAUUGAAUGUUCAUGUUUGAAUGAGGUUGAUAACAGGCGCAUGAUUCUGGGAUUGACUGUUGAAGCCACACUGGUGCGACUGACUUGCUUGGAGAUGGACAUGGAUGACUUGAAGAAUGUGCAGGAGAACCUUCCACAGGAAAAUCCUACUCGAGUAGCAACCAUCUUCUAUACGAAAGCGUAUGACAUGCUGAAGAGGGAUGAACGUUCACAGUUGAUAUACAUUAUGAGGCACCUGCUGUUCCUUUCUAAUGACUGUGAUACAAAUCUUCUGCCCACCGUACUCUGAGCAAAUGUUGUGACCAUUUGAACCAGACAGUAGUUUUGACACUUAAAACUCGUUGUUGCAAUUGAUGGUGUGCAGAUGGCAUGCUAAAAAGACCCCCAGGGAAUGUAACCACUGCACACGACAACUGCAUGUGACUGAUCGGUCUCACACACUCAGCACACUGCGAUUUGCACGAGGUGGGGGAAAGCUUACUAAUCAGCACAGCCCUUGGUCAAUCGUCACUUUCAUGAAACAUGUCUACGGCUGGACAACAGGGUCUAUUGAAAAAAAAUUUCCAUCAAAUUGCUCUAAAACCUUUUAUUUGUCAGUCAAUUUAUAUCAAAAUUAAA